GAGCCUCAGGGUGUAAGGGUUCAGUCUAUUUUAGUGAGCCACUCAGAGGAAGCCAAAGAGGCCAUAAAAAUUGUCUGGGCUUUCUUGUGCACUGACAUUGUCACACUCUACUUGUUCCCUUGGAGUGGUCUUUGGAGAAACAGAUUUUUGACUUAGAUUUGCACUUUGAAGGUCACAAUGUCUGAGUCACAGCGACCCAAAUCUAAGAUUUCAGCAUCCAGGAGGUUGUUCUUAAAGACAAAGCUCCUGAAGAAAGCAACAUCUAUGCUUGUAACUGAAAAAGAAGACAAGCAGAGGGAGAGAGAGACCACCUUGAGUGAGAGAGUGCCACCUCUACAGCUGUCCGGUCUGUCUGUUCAAGAGCUUCAGGCUCUCUGCAAAGACCUCCAUCAAAAGAUUGAUGUUGUAGAUGAAGAAAGGUAUGACAUCGCGGCCAAGGUUUCCAAAAAUGAAAAGGAGAUUACAGAUUUGAACAUCAAAAUUACUGAGCUUAGAGGCAAAAUGAAGAGACCUGCACUGAAGAGGGUGAAGAUCUCUGCCGAUGCCAUGUUGGGAGCUCUUCUGGGCUCCAAGGUCAAAGAGUCUGUGGAUUUUAAAGCCAACCUCAAGACAGUCAAGAAAGAAGAGGAGAAGAAAGAAGAGGUGACUGACUGGCGUAAGAAUGUGGAGGCCAUGUCUGGAAUGGAGGGCAGGAAGAAGCUGUUUGACGCUGGACAAUAGAUGAUUGCAACUACAUGAGAUCUGACAUCAGAAUUCAGGAAUUCAAAAACAUCAUAAAAUGAAUGUAUAAAUCAAUGCAAGUUCAUAUAAUGCAAAUUCCAUUUUAAUAAUAGCAUACGUUCAUGGCUUCAUUUUAAGUUUUAGUUGAAAAGGAAACUGCAUGUUUUAAGUCAUUUAGACAAAAAACAAUGUCUUGAAUUUACUUGAUGUGCUACUUAAUGAUUUUUGUGAUGUUUUCUGUCUUUAAAAUAAAUACAGAUCAGAAAGACUAAA